AUGUCUAUAUCUCUCUUCUUUAGAUGCUGGUGCGGCCUCAGCAAGACGGCGCAUGGCUCAAACAUUCAAACCGCUAACCCUGGAGAAGCAUGGGUUCCAGCAAGGCACACGCAAGCUACGCCUACUGACGCCUAUGGUACUGUAGAAUUCCAGGGGGGUCCACAUCCCACCAAAGCUCAGUAUGUUCGCCUCUCGCACGAUACUCGCCCAGAACUGAUCGUGCAGUUACUUACCAGAGAAUGGGCCUUGGAUCGACCGAAACUGCUCAUCACGAUUCAGGGUGGCAAGGCAAAUUUCGAUCUGCAGCCGAAGCUUAAAAAGGUGCUGAGAAAAGGACUGCUCAAGGCCGCGAAAACCACUGGAGCUUGGAUAUUCACUGGAGGGACCAAUACAGGUGUAACACGGCAAGUAGGCGAUGCGUUACAACUCGAGCGGUCUCAGCGAGCAGGAAGGGUAGUCAGCAUCGGCAUAGCACCAUGGGGUAUCGUGGAAGGUGCCAAUGAGCUCAUUGGCAAAGGCCGGGACGUGCCGUACCAUGCAAUAGCUUCACCGAGGUAA